UGGCUACUGAGGACGGAAGCUCGUUUGGUGUUUCUCGAGAAGUUUCCCCGUUUGGCGGCGGCGAAGCUGGUAGCCUCGGUUUUCAGAGUAGUAGUGAGUACUGGGGAUGGCGGCGGCUGCAGCAGGACCUGCAACACCUCAGAGGUUUUUCCGGAGCCUCUCAGAUGCUCUGAUCGACGAGGACCCCCAGGCGGCGUUAGAGGAGCUGACUAAGGCUUUGGAACAGAAACCAGAUGAUGCCCAGUAUUAUUGUCAAAGAGCUUAUUGUCACAUUCUUCUUGGAAAUUACUGUGAUGCUGUUGCUGAUGCAAAGAAAUCUCUCAAACUUAAUCCAAAUAAUUCCACUGCUGUGCUGAGGAAAGGGAUCUGUGAAUACCAUGAAAAAAAUUAUGUUGCUGCUCUAGAGACUUUUACAGAAGGACAGAAAUUAGAUGAUGCAGAUGAUAAUUUCAUCGUCUGGAUUAAAAGGUGUCAGGAAGCUCAAAAUGGAUCAGAAUCUGAAGUGUCUCUAUCCCAGCGGACUCAUCAGUCAAAAAUCAAGUAUGACUGGUAUCAAACAGAAUCUCAAGUAAUCAUUACACUUAUGAUAAAGAAUGUUCAGAAGAAUGAUGUAAGUGUGGAAUUUUCAGAAAAAGAGUUGUCUGCUUUGGUGAAACUUUCUUCUGGAGAGGAUUACAAUUUGAAACUGAGACUUCUUCAUCCUAUAAUACCAGAACAGAGCACAUUUAAAGUACUUUCAACAAAGAUUGAAAUUAAAAUGAAAAAGCCAGAGGCUGUGAGAUGGGAAAAGCUAGAGGGGGAAGGAGAUGUGCCUAAACCAAAACAGUUCAUAGCAGAUGUGAAGAACUUAUAUCCAUCAUCAUCUCAUUAUACAAGAAACUGGGAUAAAUUGGUUGGUGAGAUCAAAGAAGAAGAAAAGAAUGAAAAGUUGGAGGGAGAUGCAGCUUUAAAUAAAUUGUUUCAACAGAUCUAUUCAGAUGGUUCUGAUGAAGUGAAACGUGCCAUGAACAAAUCAUUUAUGGAGUCUGGUGGCACAGUUUUGAGUACCAACUGGUCUGAUGUAGGUAAAAGGAAAGUUGAAAUCAAUCCUCCUGAUGAUAUGGAAUGGAAAAAGUACUAAAUAAAUUAAUUUGCUAUCACUGCAUUGUGUAUAUUCACCUAGUAUCCAUUAUGUAUAAAUACUGCAUUCUUGAAUUUUGAACACUGAGUAUCUUUUUGAAAAAUUAUACCUCUUUACCUCUUUGUGCUUUAGAAAUUACUUUCCUUUAAGUGUUCUAAGUUUCUAAGGAAGAAUGAAGAUCAUAUUUUAUCACUUCUGUCCUUAAGGUUUUCAGACAUACUGAAACUGAAUGAAGUCUCAUUUGCUGCUAGAUAAUUGCUGUCUAGUUGUGGGAGUGGUGAAAUCUUUAGUGGGAUAUCUUGAAUUAUUGCCUUAUUUUUGAUGCAGUAUUCUGUUAAUAAUUUAUUAGACCUGGCAGCUCUGGGUCAGCAUAGAUUUUUUUUCAGUCUCAGUGUUACAGUGUGUUUCCGUUUAAAAACUGCUUUUGAAUGGAGUUGUAAAUACAAUUUUUCUAUGAAGAAGUUUGGUUUAUUUACCUUUUUCUUAAGUUUUUAAUGAGAACAUUGAGAAAUUAUUUAUCACAGGAUAUAUUCCCGUUUGGUUCUUUUAAUGGGAAGUAUUUCUAAUUGCACUGAGAUUUUGGUCCUUGCCUUCCAAAUUCUUGUAUAAAACAUAGACCCCUGAGUUAACACACUGCAGAUUCAGUUAUACUGAAGGAUAGCCUGCGAUGCUGGGGCAAGGAGGGAUCUAGGAAGAGCCCAACUCCACUUCUUGCUGCUUUUGCCAUAGCAGGAUUCUUAAAAUUAGAGCACUGGUGUUCUUUUGUGUGUGUGUGUGUGUGUGUAUUUUUUUUUUUUUCCUUCUUUAUUACAAAAUCUCUGUUUUCACAUCCCCAUGAUUACUUUGGUUUCAGUGGUUUAAGGUAGCUGUGGUGAUAGUAAAUUGAUAUGCAUAUGUUUAGUACCUACUCUCUGCCUAGAAUAAAUAGAUACUGUGGAAAUACAAAACUAAAAGACAUGGUCAUUAACUUCAAAAAGCUUAUAAUCGAGCAGAGAGAAAAUUAACAUUCAUGAAGAAAUUAUGAAACAGUUGAAUGCUGAGCUCUGGUUAUAAAUACAGUUUUGAGAGAGAAAGAAACUGUUCUAUGAUUAAAAUUCUUCACAGUCUGAGCACUUCUAAAGCACAGGCAAGAUGAUCUGCUGUCCUGACUUCGUUUUCUGACCAUGAUUUUGCUUGUUUUUCAACCAUAAUGACCUCAGAGGUUGCUCUUUGUUAGGUGUCACUAAUAUUUUUGUGGUGAGGCACUACUCUGUUACUCAGAGCUGAGGGUAGGGUGAAUGAGAAGCAAAUUGGCCACGAUGUCAGCCUCUGAAAGGUGGGAACGCAACCCCUACCUUCUAGUCCUUUGAUGUGUGAGACGUAGGGGAGUUCAUAAGGAAAGUGGAAGUGGAUGAUACUAGAUCCUGCCCAAACCUGUUGUUAUAGCUUCUUUAAGCAUGCAGGAGUUUUCACUUGUCCUUCUGCCCACUUAGAGUUGCAAGCUACUUUUUUAUUCUUGGACAUUGAAGGAGAAAGCAAAAAUAAAUACUUGGCUUGGAAGAAUUCCAAAAUUUUCUCCUUAUGGAAACAAGAUAGUGAUUUUUGUGUUCUGUAUGUUAAAUUUUUCAGUACCAUUAGUUCUAAGGGGGCAGGAGGCAAGACAAGAAUCCUAGCUCUAGCAAGUCUCUGCCUCUAACUAGCUUUAUAAUCUUGACAGGUUUAACGUUUGUGUGUCUUAGUUUCUUUAUCUAUAAACAAUCUGUCGAGUCUUAGAGUGUUUUUAAAAACUCCAUGGUUCUAAAUAAGGAAACAUUUUUGUCACUUAAGAACAAUUAUUCUUUUUUAUAGCAUUAUUAUAAUAGAAAUUGUUCUUUUAAAACAAAAAAUCCUAAUACUAGUUUUGUUUGUAUUUUAAAGAGUAUAUUAUCUAGACUAUGCUCAUCUAUUGGCUAUAUUUGCUUAGCGUUAAAGGAUUCAGGAUUUUGCUGGGCCAAAAUGAUUCCUAAUAUACAUGACUAAAAGCAUUAUAAAAUGCACCUGGUCUAAAUACAUUAGAUUUAUGGGUCAAGAAGGGAAUUUGACGAAGCAGGCUAGACCACGGCCCUAAGGUACCACUCUAAAGUACUGCUCCUCUUUCAUCAUUCUAGAUAGUGAAAUUAAUGAUAAUGAAUUCGUUCUGAUUAAAAGCCUCUUAAUUCUGUCCAUAUUCUCUACACUCUUAUCUGUUAAUUGGAGUGACUUUCAUUCUUAUUUCUCAAGCUUUGGUUCUCAUAGUGUUCUAGUUAACCUUUUGUUUCUUCAGAAUGGCCUUUUUUUUUCUCUUUAUAUUUCUUUUUUUAAGGUUCAGUCCGGGGAUACUUUUUUUCCCUUGUUCUUAGAGACGUCAUCUGUUCUGAUUCCUGUAAUCAUUUGUGCCUAAUGGCUUCCUUCCGUUUAAUCCACAAUUCUUUCAUUGUCCUCAAGAAAUCUUGGAUGAGACAACCUUCUUUGAACUCUGUUACCUCGUAAUCACUUUAGAUUUACCAUACUACCAGUCUGUAACAUCAGGGUCAGUUUUGAUAAUUUCCUGUGUUGUGUCGUAUAUACCCAUUCAGAGCUGGUUUCUAACAAGUUCAGUCUUCAGCAUUGGCCAGUUAUUGCCAUUGUCUCCCUAAGUCUUUGGAAAAACUUCAAAUUUUUUUGGCAGGCUAACUGUAUAGGACAAAGGAAAAUAAUUGGACUGUCCUGUGAAAUUUCUGUAGAUAAAUUUCAGAUAUACUUUUGAAAUAGUGGCAUAUCACUGUGACGUUAUGAAUAGUUUAGGUAGCAGUUUAGUUCAUAUGUAAAUAUUUUUACAGCCGUCCUUUCCCACUCCCUUUUAUUCUUCUUCAGUUACCUACCUGUCAGAUUAGAUCAUUGUUUUCUGAGGUAUAUCACUGAUCCAGAGAAGAAUUGCAUAUUAAUUUACCAUCUGGUCAGCCUAAUGCACUUUAAUUCCAUUGGGAUUUUCCUUGCCCAGAUUAGUGUGCAUCUCUCUCUGACUUGUGGCUGUUACUGACAGUUCCAAAAUUUGGAAGAAAAUUUCUGGGUGGUAUUUUGUUUGUUUGCUUGGGUGUUUUGUUGUUGUUUUGUUUUGUUUUUUUUAACUACAGUGACUUCUUUGUAGCCAGUUCUAAAGACAUGAACCUGUACUUCUUCCUGGUACUACAGCCACAUGAGACUAUGGAUUUCAAUUACCUCUUUCUGAGAGGAACCAGGGAGGGGAGGUAAUAAAAGCCAAAAGGACAAAAUACUGGUUUCUGUGCAAGGAAGGGUCAUAGGUAGUUUUAAGUAAGAGGGAUCAUCUGUAUUGAUCUGGUUUCCUUUGUCUCCAUCUGUUCAUUGUUUAUCGUAAUUUCGUUUUACACAUACCAGGAGAUUUUAUUUUGGAAAUGUCUGGGAACUUACGGACAAAUUAGAGAUAUUGAUUUACUAAUAAAUGUUACUAUUUGGGGACAUCGUUAUGACUCGCUUCUGGAAUUAAUUUAUCUCUUAGUCUCUCUUCCUACCUUAGUAAACUUGCUC